UACUUUGUAUUAAACUAAAUCUGAAGCAUGUGAACUUUCACAUCAUUUUUGAAUCUUUGUUACGCAAAACAUAGUCAAGUUUCUCUGGACUUGUCUGCUGUUUAAAUUCAAUAGAUUUUUAUUAUCAACGUAGUUUAUAAACUUUACUCCCAUGGGAUAAAAAAAAGUCAGCUGCAUUUAAAACAACCCAGAUUCAGCAGAAAGCUAAUGAUCCAUCACUGUGCUGACACCAUCAAAAAAAAACUAAGAAAAAAUAACAUAGAAUGAGUUAAAAGACAAUAAAUAAAUAAGCGUUUCCAUUUUUUUCGUCAGUAAUGACACUGUAGCAGUGAGGGCUUGCUCUUCCUGAAGGCUUGUUAGUGUUUAACUAGAGACAGUGACAUGACAAGGAGAAUUCUGUUUGGGUGUCAAAGUGUAACUCAGUUAAUCAUAACAACAUCCUGACAAGUCAAAGGCUUCUGCACAGAUUUACAAUGAAGAAAGAGAAGAAAUCUUUUACCAGCAAAACAAAAGAAUUAAUUAAAAUUGAUAAUGGACUUGCAAAGGAGGCGCUGGCAGAGGUCUUAGGGACAUUCACAAUGAUGGUUUUUGGUUUAGGCUCUGUUGCGCAGGUACAGCUAGGAGAUGGCGACCAUGGUGAUGUGCUCAGUAUAAACCUAGGCUUUGCAUUUGGUGUUACGAUGGGAAUACAUGUUGCUGGUGGAGUAUCUGGUGCCCACAUGAAUACCUCAGUGUCAUUCACAAUGUGUAUGUUGGGAAAACUUGCCUGGAGAAAACUACCUGUUUAUGCCUUGGCACAAUUCAUUGGCUCAUUCCUGGCAGCUGGUAUAGUCUAUGUCAUGUAUUAUGAUGCCUUGUACAACUACUGCGGUGGUAAUUUCACAGUGGCCGGGCCAAAGGCUACUGCAGGAAUAUUUUCAACAUAUCCUGCUUCAUAUCUAACAGUUGCUGGUGGGUUUGUUGAUCAGGUUGUUGGCACAGCCAUGUUGCUGUUAUGUAUAGUUGCUAUUGGAGAUAAGAACAAUAACGCAGCUGUAAAGGGAGCACACAGUAUAAUUGUCGGAAGUCUAGUGUUGCUUAUUGGAUUGGCUAUGGGACUGAACAGUGGAUAUGCAAUAAACCCUGCUAGAGACCUACCACCACGUAUCUUCACAGCAAUAGCUGGCUGGGGACUCGAAGUUUUCAGGGCUGGGAAUAAUUGGUGGUGGAUCCCAGUUGUUGCUCCAAUGGUAGGAAGUGUCACUGGUGCCUUCAUUUACAAACUUUUUAUUGGAAUCCAUUGUGAACCAAAACCUAAGCCAGAACCAGAACCAGAAUUUAAAUCUGAACCAGUCAGUAACCAAAUGAUCUCACAAGCUGAGUCACGCUUUUGAAGUUAUUAAGAAAUUCUGUGGCCAUGUCAGAAGUAAAACUGUCUCUUUGCACUAACUAUAUAAUGGCUUUUCAUUCGAAUAGUUCUCUCCUCCAUGUGAUAAGCUCAAUAAAAUCAGGUAUACAAUA